CCUCAGGAAUUAAUAAUAGAGAGUAAUGUGUGUGGGUUGUGAACAGAUAGUUUGACAUCCUGUUUGAUAGGAAACAUCAAGGCAGACAGAUAAGAGUCAACAAAACUCAGUUUCUCUUUAGUUCGAUUCAUAUAAUCAGAGUCAUGAAAUCUUUCUUUUAAUUUGUUAAAAUAUUGGAAAUAUUAUGGCAAUUUUGUAUUUCAUCUUCACUCUAUUUACACUGGGACAGUAUGCAGCACAAGUAGUUGAUAUCGGUGGCGUGUGGGAAAUAAAAUGUCCACAGGGAUGCUCCUGCCAAAUUCUGAAAUUCGAGGAUUUAUCCCUUCAUCAAUGGCUCGAUCCAAGGUCACAGAAUAAGGCCGUGGAUGAUGAUGAUGAUGCUGACAACGAGACUGGAUCCAUUUUCACCACUGAUUUACUUAAAGUAGCAACGUGUGUCGUAGCUGAAAAUCCAUCAGAACUUCUCGCCAAACUCCCUUCCGAUUUACAGGUAUUCACAAUUUUAGAAUCUGGAAAUGGAGAAUCAGAUAUUGUUCUUCAUUCAUCAGACUUUCAGCGUUUUGGAGAUUUAAUUUCUCUGGAAAUUCAGGGCCAGGAAAUUGGCAAUAUCACAAAAAUAGUAAAUCCUAUAAAAAGAGGAGGAAUUAUUUUAUCAGCAGAUACUUUACUUCCUUUGGGAAUGACAUUACUUUACCUAAAUCUGGAACGAGUGACAUUGACGAAUUCAAGUUUGACGAACAAAAAUAAAGCAAAUUUAGUAGUGAAACCAGCAAUUUCUUCAACUGAGGAUUCAAUUUUUCCAAAGAACAAUUCAAUUAAUCUCGCGGGACACAGAUUAAUUUUUCUGAGUCAACAGGUGAAUGACAGUAAAGAUGAUAUGGAAAUUCUUCCCUACGAUAUUUUUAAACAGGAAGUAGAAGGACGAACGGAUAUUGGUGGACUUUUUACUGGAUUAAGUGUUUUAACACACUUGAGAGUUUACGAUUGUGAACUCAAGGACAUUUCUUGGCACAUGUUUGAUGGUUUAGAGAAUUUAAUUUAUCUCUCGUUGGAAAAAAAUGAUUUAAAAGUCAUUCCUGAAUUUUGCUUCUAUGGAACUCCGAAUUUAAAAAAAUUGUCUCUCGCCGAAAAUCAAUUAUUGACACUAACCAGUGUCGAUCUUGCAGGACUUUUGACACUCGAGCAUUUGGAUUUAAGUGGAAAUAAUCUCACAUUUUUAUCAGAAUUAACAUUUCCUCCAUUUCCAAAUCUUCAAGUCGCUAAUUUUGAGAGAAAUCCUUUGGACUCAAUUUUUCCCAGCACUUUUGAAAUAAUGAACACAACUUUACAACUUUACAUUGGAGGCGAAGGAUCAAAAUUAAAACUUCAAAAGAACUCAUUUUUAGGUCUACGAGAAUUAGAGGUCCUACAUCUUUUUAAUGUUGAAAUGGAGAAUUUAGAAAGAUUUUUUCUACAAGGAAUGCCGGCACUCAAGCAACUUAAAUUACGAGGAAAUAUUUCGAGAAUAGAAUUCGAUGCAUUUAUUGAUUUAAUUCAACUUAUUGAUUUGGAUUUAAGACAUUGUCAUUUGAGACAAAUUUCAAUGGACGCAUUUUAUGGUUUGGAAAAUGUGAAACGAAUUGAUUUAUCCUACAAUGAUUUGGAUUACAUUCCUCCAGGUUUAUUUGCCAUUCAACAGCAAAAAAGUCUCAAAGAAAUUAUUCUCAGUAAAAAUAGAAUAACUACAUUGCCACAUGAUUUUUUCAAAAGUUUAAGAAACAUUAAUAGACAGCCACAAAUUCAAAAUCUUCGCUUAGAUGGAAAUCCCUGGGAUUGUAGUUGUGCAAUGGAAAACUGGAAUCCUCACGUUGUAAAUAAAACUCGAGAAACAACACCGAGAUGUUUCACACCUAAAUCAGUUCAAAAUUGGGGAGUUUUUCACGCUUUACGUAAAGGAGGACUUCAAUGCAAACGAUUCAAGAGAAGACAAAUCCGCAAGUUAUCUAAAGUACCAAAUAUGGAGGAGAAUAAUAUUAGUUAAUUGGUAUUUUUUAAUAAAUAAGUUUAGAAGUAAGUCUCUUUAUAGAAAAGAAUCAAAUAAAUUAGAAUAUAAACGAGAAAAUUUUUCAUUAAUUUUUUUUAUCUUUUAAGUGUGUAUUUAAAAAAAAAGAAAAUUAGUUUUACCUCUUAAAAGAGUGGCACAGGUUCCUUUAUAAAUACUUCGAAUUCCUCCUUCUCUGUAUAAUUGUUUAACUACAUCAUUUGGACCACUAUA